AACUCUCGGCGGCAGAGGUCAUAAUCCCAGCCUCCCAGCUCCUGCAAGAGCAGCUCAGGAUCUCUCUGAGACAUGGCGCCGACUUCAUCCACCUCAGCGCUCGGCAGUGGCGGGAAAAAUUCAGCUCGGCAUCCCGGCAGCCCCCGCGGCGGGAAGCGGAAGGAGCUGCCAGGGCGUGUGGGGGAGCGGGGCUGCCGUGGGCUAGUGCGGGCGCAGCCGGGGGGCAUCGGCUGGGAGGGGAUCGCCGUGCCUGGCUUUCGUGCUUCAGCCGACGGACAGGGAACAAACCUGGGCUUUGCCACCCGCUGGGCGCUUUGAGUUUACAUCCCUGGGCGUCUGAAACGAGUAAUUCACCUGACUCGGCAGAAGAUCUGACAGUGCCCGAGAGGGAAUUCCGCCGAGUGAGAAUUAAGAAAAAACAUCUUCGGGAAGGGAGGGGAGGGGGGGAAAGUGUCGUUUUAUCUCAUAGAUGAGUGACUCUGGCUGUAAAAAAUUAAGGUGACUUUAUUUUUUUACUGUUAUUCUUGAAAAUGGAUUUUCGAUUCAAUUUUUUUACUGAUGAAAAUGAGAACAAAGAAGACACUCAUGAUGAGACAGAGCUGUACUCUCCAAAACACAAGGAGGCAUCCACAGAGGAAAGCAAGCAAGCUGCCACAGGUAACCAUCAAGAUGACACACCAAAGACGAAGUUCUGUUUUAAGGCUGCCAAGGAGCAUGAUAUUCCUAAAGAUCUUAACAAACUAUUGGAAGAUAAAGUCCUGGAAACUGUGUCAGACAUGCCUUAUGUAAAGGUGUCUGUGACAUGUUUAAAUGGCUCUGAUGAAGAAGGCAUCAUAUCUAAAAGUGUUUCUUCUCAUUCUGAUCUCAUCCCAGGAGUCUAUGAAGGAGGACUAAAAAUCUGGGAGUGCACCUUUGAUCUCUUGGGCUACCUUUCUGAGGCUGAAAUACAGUUUGCUAACAAGACCGUAUUGGAUCUUGGCUGUGGGGCUGGGCUGCUGGGAAUAGUUGCUUUAAGGGGUAAAGCUGAAAAAGUUCAUUUUCAGGACUACAACAGCACAGUGAUUGACAAAAUAACCUUGCCUAAUAUAGUGGCUAACUGUAUAAAUGAGGGCCAUGACAGGAAAACCAGUAUGCCUCCUUCAAAGAGGCCCAAAGUAGCAGAGUGCUUAUCUGAUGUGCCCACCAAAUGCAGACUUUUUUCUGGAGAGUGGUCUGCAGUCACCCAGCUUCUGUUAAGCAGCAACAAACCCUUUUCAAAUUAUGAUAUAAUACUCACAUCUGAGACCAUCUACAAUCCCGACUAUUACAGUGCUUUGCAUGACACACUAGCUCAGCUCCUGGAUACAAAUGGCCGUGUGUAUUUGGCAAGCAAAGUGCAUUACUUUGGGGUUGGUGGAGGUAUCUACCUGUUUGAGAAGUUUGUUGAAGAGAGGAAUGUAUUUAAGACCAGCGUGGUUCAAACGACUGAUAAAGGACUACAGCGAUGUAUUCUAGAAAUGGCCUUUAAAGGUUCCAGUUAAAUCCACUGGACCUGCUAAAAUGUCCUUAAAUGUUAUAAUCCUUAUGUCUCUGCAUUUUCCUCUGCUGAGUUACUCUAUUUUGACAGAUUAAGGACACUUGCUAGUGAAAUGUUUGACAAACCCUGAUAUCUGACUAAGAGGACUCCUCUGAUUCUGGUUUUCCAUUAAAAAAAAAAAAAAAGUGUUUUUCUCUUCCACUUAAAUCAGCACCUGGUUAUGCCAGUUGUCAUUUGUAUGUAUUUUAAAAUGAAGCAAACUGCUGUACCCCUCUCUCAUUCUUUACCAGAACUGUCCUGAGCGCAGCCUGAACAAAAUCAUUCAGCACCCUAACAGUGCAGGAAGCAGGCCCCGAGAGUUAGACUCCUAGCUCAUAUCCAGUUUUAAGUGAAGCAGCAGAUCCAGGCUGGACUGGAAACACACUUGUGUGCUUUGCUGCUCUGCCAGCAGAGGGUGAUGUGAUUGUAUUGCUUGUGUCCUGUUGCGAUCGCCAUCUACAGAUCUUUGAGGGUGGUGGUACAGUGAAACACUGCCCAGCGAAGUAGUGAUGUUUAGGUCACAUCCCUUUAUUAAUUCUGAAAUGGAGUAUUUUUCUCAGGUGAAAUCAAUAAAGUUAGCAGUGGGGUUUUCAGGAUUCCAGAGGAGUUCUGUCCUCAGAAUUCAGCAGGUAAAUGCUGAGAGGAAGCAGAAUUCCACCUUUAGGUUUGUAGGCUGGUUGUUGGUGUUUUCAAUAUCAAUACUAGUUUCCCUAUUCUACAUUAAGACUUUCUCUACCUACCAAAUCACCACCACCCUAGUGGCAAGUUUCCUGCUUCUCUUUAUGGUCUAGAAAAAAUGUUUCACUCACUUGUAAUGCUUUCAGUUACUACUUAAUAGCUACAGAAAUCAGCAUUUCCUCAAAGGACAUGCCACUAGGAAAAAAAAGCACUGGGAAGAUCCUCAAAAGUAUUUUUUGGUAACAGUAAACCUUUCCAUCAGGCCCAGUUUCUUGUAUAUAAAAACCUACCCCACACACAGAUUGGGUUGUAACUCAAUUUAUCAGCUCAUUGCAACUUAUCAACCCUUCCAUCCCCUCAUUUUCUGAAAAAAAAGUCAUCACGUUAAGAAAUCCUAUUUAAACUAUGUCUUUCAUCUAAGUGUUGUGGAGAAAAACUUUAAAAUUAGUCAUUAAACACCUCAGGAAACUAAAUAUAAAAGCUUCUUGGUUUAAGUGGCACUAUCUUCACUGUUGGGUUCCCUUUUAAAGACUAUUUUCUAGUUUUGGGAAAUGAGGAUCUAUCAGUUUUGUAUACUGGCACCAGUUAAAUGGCAUCCCUUACAGUUUUACUUAAGCUUAGGGGGAAAAGCCCAUGAGGAAAACCAAAGCAGGAAGUGCCCCAUUUCCCAGUUAUCAGCUUAUAUGCUCUUCUUGGUUACUCAGUACACAGGCAUUCAAUAAGGUUCUGAAAUUGAGCCCUUCCUAAGAAAAAUAAAAAUUAAAUUUGUUAUCAGUAUAUAGCAUUCUAAGUGGUGAUCACUGCACAAGAGCAGAUGCAAUGCUGGAGAGGAAAGUCCAAACUGCAUGAGGGAAAGCAGGUACCAAUCAAGAGACCUGCACCAUCAGGUUCAAGAGAUCCUGCUCCCAUAUGAUGACUGAGAUGAAGUCUAAUGAGUAAUAGAAUGAUCAGAGGAUGAGAAAAGGAAAUCCCACACUGCCCAGGCAAUCAAAAUGGACACAAAAGGGUGACAUAAGAUGGAUUAUUAGUGUAAUAAGGCAGCUGGGCACUGGACUAAAGCCUCUUAAAUUUUACACUAUGUACUUCAGGAGUCACAGGCACACUGAAAGAAGAAGCCACUACACAGCACCAGAUGCUGGUGGGUAAGUCAUGGAAAAGAGAACAACAGGUUUUAUAUACAAACAUAUUUUGAAAGCUGCAAGUCAGCAGUGUCAGCAUAAGAAUAAAUAGUACCAACCUUGGAAACCACAACUGCGUUCAGAAGGCUGGCAGGACACAAAGCAAUGGCAAGUGCAGCAAAUAGUUUCAACACAAAUGUAGAGCAACAUUCCACCACAAUGGGAUAAAGCAGGUGUUCUAAGUUAAUUCAGGUACUGCCUAGAUGUGCUGGGUCUGGCUGGAAGGUUGUUAACCAAGGUAAUUGCUGCUAUGAAAAAAGAGAAAGACAUCCUCACAGGGAACAAAAGUAGUAUGGGGGAAUCACAGUAAAACGAGUUUGACAUUGAAAUUAGUCUGCUCUGGGGAAGAGUCUUACAGAACACAAGAUUCUUGCUUGUGUGGAAUGUGACUGAAUUUUCAAAUAUAUGGAAUAAAUCAAAGAUCACUGAU